CCAGAAACUCCCGCCUUUACAACAGCGGGGCGACUCGAAAAUCCCGCCACGAAGACAGUAGAGGCGGAGGGAGGAGUCCCAGCUCGUCACGCGGGAGACGGUGCCCAGCCAGCAGCCGCCACGUCAUCGGCGGAGGCGGGUCGCGGUGGCAGCCUAUCAGGGGUUGAAACGUCACCACCAGCUGACGCCAGCACCGACCAUACAGUACGGGGACGCGCUACGGAUGCUGCAAGAGACGCUGCAAGAGGAUCGGAGACGGAGCCGACAUUCCAGCAACGCCUGCCGGCCCUGCAGGUAUUUGUUGCAAGCGACGGCGAUUGGGGGGGGUUCCAGCGCCGGUUCUUGGCCCACCAAGAGAUGGCAGGCUGGUCGGACAACGAGGCGCUGUGUGCUCUCCCGGCGUUAUUGGACGGCGACGCCCUGGGCACCCUCACUGCUGCACCCAAGUCGGCACGCUCCACCAUUCAGUCGGCGCUGCAGCUGCUGGCCACCGUUUAUGGGCCGCCUUCUGAUUGUCGCCAGCUCUUCUAUGAGCGGCAGAAGGGUGACAAGGAAUCGCCACUCGCUUAUCGCACGGCCCUGCUGUCAUUGGCGAAAGACGCUUUCCCGCGCAUGGAUGAAGAGGGGAUCGAUGCGAUGGUGGCCGAGAAAAUUUUGCUGCUGGCUGACGAUCUGGACUUCACCAUCCUAGCGCAGGACGAUGCGGAUAUGUCAUCACUGCGGGCUGCAAGGCACAUUCACGCCAAUCUCAUCUCCCAGCGGAGGAAGGCGAACAAAGCUGCUGCACGACACACCGUGGCGGCGACCUCUUCCGAAAUGGAGGGAGCCUUCGCUGCGGAUCGUUCUGCAGGAUGGCGAUCUGCCGAGCGUCCAGCUCGUGACGUCCCAAGCCACCGAGACCAGCCCAAGUCCUCUGGAACGCUCGUCGUCUGCUAUAAUUGUGGCCUCCGGGGUCACGUGGCGUCCGGAUGCCGGGCUCCUCGACAGCGCGGUGCGAGACCUGGAGCUGCGGACGGCCCUCUUCACAAGCCUUCGCAACAUCCUCGGGAGCCCCAGGACUGAAGCCCUCUGGGCUGCCAGCCUCCCCCGUGGGGGGCGGCGCUGGCACGUCCGGGAAAUCGGACGACCAGGCACCUGCUGAUGCGACACCUGCCACCGACUCUACCAAGCCGGCCCCUUGUGACGGGCCCGCUGCACGGACUCGCGCCAAAACGCGCCGGUUGUUAUGAUUAGCUUACCGCGCGUGUUCCGUUGCUGCGGAACCCGCUCAUUGUAUAUAUGUUUUUUUGGUUGUAUGUGUGUGAAAUAACGAUGACCACGCUAUCUGCUUGUUGCUUGCCGUCCAUGUAA